CCAACGCCACCGGAGAAGCAGAAAACAAGGAGACCCAAGACCGAGGUGCGUGUGUGAAUUUCCCUCAUUGUUAAAAGUCGGUUUCUACAGCUACGAGCGAUUCAGCAUUUUAAGGAGCCUGGCGGAACGUGCGAGAGUGGGUACAAAAAGAAGACGGGUGCCCUGCGCACUAGCUGCUGCAUCCUCCCUCUCCUCUCCAUCUCAUCCCUGCUCCUUCUCUGCCUCUGCGCUUUUAAAAGACUCCCAGCUCCCUCGUCCAGAAUUCGCCCCAGUGAUUUAUUACUUAUUGCAAACCGUGAGCUGCCCUUCUUCUUUUGUCGGAGUUUGAGCCACAUUUCUGUGCUCCUGGAAGUCUACCGCCUGCAGCCUUAAGAAUUGACCGGACUCAGUUAGUAGCUUUAGUCUUGCCGAUAUAAGCGGAUCAUCGAGAGGACCUUGCACAGAGUCAAAGGGACUGGAAAUUAUUUUAGCCCACUCACAACACCGUACCGCAUGGUGGGAAUUUCUGCCUCUUUUCAGUAUCGCACUGGGAAGCGCACCACCAUGCCCGACUCACCUGCGGACGUCAAGACACAGUCCAGGUUGACCCCUCCCACCAUGCCGCCCCCACCCAGCACACAGGGAGCACCCCGCAACAGCUCCUACACUCCCACCACAUUAACCAACGGCAGUAGCCACUCCCCCACGGCCCUCAACGGUGCUCCGUCUCCUCCCAAUGGCUACAGCAACGGUCCUAGCUCCUCCUCCUCCUCCUCGCUGGCCAACCAGCAGCUGCCACCGGCCUGCGGCGCCCGGCAGCUCAGCAAGCUCAAACGCUUCCUCACUACACUGCAGCAGUUUGGGAACGACAUUUCGCCCGAAAUCGGGGAGCGGGUCCGCACGCUAGUGCUUGGGCUAGUGAAUUCCACGCUAACCAUUGAAGAAUUUCACUCCAAGCUCCAAGAAGCCACCAACUUCCCUCUGCGACCUUUUGUCAUCCCCUUUCUGAAGGCCAACCUGCCGCUCCUUCAGAGGGAGCUGCUGCACUGCGCCCGGCUGGCCAAGCAGAACCCGGCGCAGUACCUGGCCCAGCACGAGCAGCUGCUGCUGGACACCAGCACCACCUCGCCAGUGGACUCAUCUGAACUCCUGCUGGACGUCAAUGAGAACGGCAAGAGAAGGACGCCGGACAGAACCAAAGAGAACGGCUUCGAGCGAGACGCUGCCCUGCACCCAGACGUGCACCCCAGCAAGAGGCCCUGCACCAUAAGCCCCGCCCAGCGUUUCAGUCCGUCCAAUGGGCUUUCCUACCAGCCCAACGGCCUCCCCCACCCGGGCCCCCCCCCUCCACAGCACUACAGGCUGGACGACAUGGCCAUCGCCCAUCACUACCGCGACACGUACAGACACCCCGCCUCCAACCACCGCGACAUCCGGGAGAGGGCCAGGCCCAUUGGUAUGCAUACAGGUACCAGGCAGGAGGAAGUGAUUGACCACAGACUGACAGACAGAGAGUGGGCAGAGGAGUGGAAGCACCUUGACCAUCUGCUGAACUGCAUCAUGGACAUGGUGGAGAAGACGAGGCGCUCGCUGACGGUGCUGCGGCGGUGCCAGGAGGCCGACCGCGAGGAGCUCAACUACUGGAUCAGGCGAUACAGCGACGCGGAGGAGCUGAAGAAGGGAGCUGCUAGCGGUCAGUCGCGGCAGCAGAGCCCCGCGGGGCAGGACAACGCAACACCAGAAAUUCACCGGGAGCUGCUGCACCGACCUCUGUCUUCUGGCUACGUCCCUGAAGAAAUCUGGAAGAAAGCUGAAGAGGCGGUGAACGAGGUGAAGCGCCAGGCCAUGUCGGAGCUGCAGAAGGCCGUGUCGGAGGCCGAGCGCAAGGCCCACGAGAUGAUCAGCAGCGAGCGGGCCAAGAUGGAGCGCACGGUGGCUGAGGCCAAGCGGCAGGCGGCCGAGGACGCACUCUCUGUAAUCAACCAGCAAGAGGACUCCAGUGAGAGCUGCUGGAACUGUGGCCGCAAAGCUAGCGAGACAUGCAGCGGCUGCAACACGGCACGCUACUGCGGCUCUUUCUGCCAGCACAAGGACUGGGAGAAGCACCACCACGUCUGCGGCCAGACCCUGCAGGCCCAGCAGCAGCAGGCCAGCCAGCAGCAGGGGGGCGGCCCGGGGCCCGAGACCCCCGCCCCCGUCAGCUCCUCCGCCUGCACCCCCAGCAGCGGGGCCGGGAGUCCAGCCGCCACCCCGCCUGCCGCUACCCCGCGUUCCUCCACCCCCGGCACCCCGUCCUCCUCCGCCCUGGAUGGCACACCGCGCUAAGAGACUCAGGCGGAGGACGGGGGCGCGGGACCCUCGGCUCCUCGGCCCCCACAAACACAAUGACUGUCUAAAUUGCCUCGCAAAGAUGCUAAGCUAACGCGGCUCACAGAGAGAGGUGGCAAUGCUUCUGUCUAUCUUGCAGUGUAGUCAUAGCAGGAGGAGGAGGAGGAGGUCCAUAAUCGGGUCAUAUUGACUUGCCAUGACUUUAAAGAAACACAAAGAUAUUCUUUGUUUUUAAUGAAUUAAUUAAAUAUCGACGUCCUUUUAUUGUUACUAUUGCUAUUCUUGUUGUCUAUGUUUGUCGUUGUGCCUGUUGUUGUUGUUGAUGUCGUUGCUUAUCUUCCUUUUUCCUGUAAAUAUUAAGAGACUGAGCAGAGAUAGCCGUGAACUCAAGACAAGUAUAUCUGACCUCCCCAUUUUUGUUUAAAUUUUUUUUGUUUGUUUGUUUGUUUCUUCCUUGAAAUGAAAUGCUUAUUUCCUUCCUGUACCUGGGACAUGAAACUAGUCAACCUCAAGAAGACACUUUACCAAACGACAUACCAAGGGAACACAACUAGCUAGCAGAGCGAUCGAAGUCACCGAUAUCCUUUGUAAAGAAAGAUAUUAGAUUUAAGUACCCUGACAGACAUGCAGACGGAUGGACAGACACACACGUACGCUGCCUGGACAUGUGAGAGGGACGGACUGAAUCUCUGGCCUGCAGUCGGCCACGGAGCGGGCAGAUGUGCAGCAGAUUGUAAGGAGAGCCAGCUGUUCAUCCAGUGUUAUUUCCCUCUCACUUGUAAUAAUAUCCAGGUCAGUGGGCUGGGAAAUACAAAUCUCCCCGAAGGAUGUAAAAGGAAGAAUUCUUGGACAAGAAACAAAAAAACCUUGCCCAUUGCACAUGUGACGGUUGUAUCGAUUACUGCUCGCACGCGUACGCCCGGCGGGGUCACGGAGGCUCUCUGCCAGGAAGUGAAGUCAUCAUCCCGCCGGCGAGACUGUCAGAUCCCCGCGACAGCAGCCGCGGCCGGGAUGUUUCGAGCUGAGAGCCGGCAGGGAGCUCCCACUGCGGCCCCGGCACUCCCGUCCUGUCUCAGCUCUCGCCCUGAAAAAAACAUUUCCAUCUCUCCUCAUCUUCUUUUCCUCUUUUUUCUGUAGAUGUCAUGGUGUUAAAGACUUCUGUCCUGUGGUGUCACCAAUGGUUAUUUAUUGUAUAUGUGUUGGACCAGUGUGACGAUGCAUAGUACUUCAACCAGUCACAACUCAAAGUCCUCCAUCUCUCUCUCUCUCUCUCUCCCUCUCUCUCUCUCUCUCUCUAGCUGGUGCAAAAAGAGAUAAAAAAGAAGUGUUAUCUUUUUUCCGAGCUGCUUUUCUAUUCUGUGUGUAAGUGGUAGAUCCCUUGUAGCUCUUUAAGUUGUUUUUUCCCCCCUUUGUCCUCCAGAAAAGACAAGCUAUAUCUCAGAGCUGCUACUUGAGUCCAACCCAGAUCUUUUCUGAGAACUAGCAUGUUGCGCGGAAUGCUCCCCUAAAUGUUUUGUACAAGGGACAUACAUAAAUGUAUUUGCACUGUCACAGAGGUUAUUUCGGCAUGCUUCUUUUCAGCAUACUUGUUUUGUCGGUAUAGAGCCAUACUUCACAAAUCAAUUUUUUGUAUGUAGUGCUAGCGAUAUUUGUUCUGUGCAUUUUUAUUUUUUAUUUUUUUUUUUGUAAAGUUGGAAGAAAUGUAAAAUCACCAAACCCACUUAUUAAUGUUUUUCUCUCAACAUGCUAACGAAAGCAGUCAUAACUUUUCUUUUGAAUAGUUACAGACAGUGCAUGCACAUUACUGAACGUUCGUUAAAUAUUUGUUGUUAUUUUUUAGAAAAACUGAAGAAAAAAAGGACCAAAAAAAGAAAAAAAAGAAAGAAAAAAAAACAAACAAACAAAAAAUUACUCUAAGAAACUAAUUUUCCAAAUGCAGAGGUGUAGACUCCGAUUGACAGCUUUAACAUUGCAGAGCACCAGGUAACACACAGUAUUAACACAAGAGAUAAACAAAAAAAAAAAAAAAAAAACACCGAAAACAGCCAAAGACUGACACCAAGGACCAAAAUUCUGACUUAGAAGAUUUCAAAGGAGGUUUGUUCACUCAAACAUUUGGUUAUUUAUUUCUGCCGCGGCUUUGUUCAUGCAUUCAUGCAACAAAACCAAUUUCAGUGUCAUGAAAGUCAUUUACUUUAAUCCUUUCUGGAAAGAGCAAACCAGUGGCAGUCGUCUUGCCUUGUGAAAUGAGAAGGUGUGAAUGAAAACAUUAUGAACAUUUCGCAGCAGUGUUACAUUCGAACUGGAGCAAUAAUAACCAAUGUGACAUGUACACUAAUGACUUCUGUAUCCAUUUUCCAAGGAAUUUUGAGGUAUUUUAUGAGGGUUUUCUCCCUCAUUUGUACUUUUUCUCAUUACACAAAUGUCAGAUUAUACACCCAUGUCAGCUUUAAGCAGUUAAGUUUGUGAUCCUAAAAGAGGGGAAUGUGAGACUGGGCUUUUCACACCGAUACUGUUUGCAGUCGUUUUAUAUUUAUUUAUAUCUGCUUGUGUCAUUUUUGCUGUUGGGAUGGAAUAUCGAAUGCAGUUUUAUGAUAAACCUUCAACGUGAAUCUAACAAACCUCUGACUGACAGUAAGAGAGCACUUACCCUGACGCACACAAAGGCUCUUUUCCCCAAACACUUUGGUGCUACACAGAAGCGCGUUAAAGAAUUCUGACCUCAAGGAACAAGCGGAGGCCCACAAAGGCUCUGCGGUUCGCUCCAGAGCCUCCUCCCUCAGUCCUUCCUCAUCUCUCCCUUCUUCUCGUCUAAAUGAAAAGAAACACCUGCAUUCUUGACUCUAAAGGGUUAAAACAAUCCAAAAAGGUGUCUGACACCCUACUUGCGACUCCUCAGAAGCUGUGAAGAAACAGCCAAGCUGUUUUAACACUAGUGUUUUUGAAAGUAUACAACAAGUAAUGUGUGUGUUCAUCGUUAUCAGGGCAAAACCUGGGUUAAAAAAAAAAAAAAAACAAAACACAAAAAAAGAGAAAAAAAAAACUAAGACGAACAUUAUCGCUCAAUGAUUCUUUGAAAAGCUCUAUCUUUUCUUUCUUCCCUCCUCUAUGUGUGUUUUGCUACAAAUUCCUCGGUGGCAAACAAGUUUCACUCUACCUCUUACAGCACGAUAAGAGCACCAGUCGCGGCGCUGAUACUGGUCUAGUCGAACCAAAUGGGCACAAGUGAACAGGAAAAUAAAAAAAAACCCAAAGUCAAAGCUCAUACAGCUGCAAAACCAUAUCACUACUUGGUAACAAUGCAGACCUCAUGAAUAAAUGAAACAUAAAAUGAAUAGAAAUGAGAAAAAAAAACAACAGAAAUUUUGUUUUGUUACGUUCCUUUAUGCCUGUGGCGUUUCUAGAAUACAUCAAGUUUGAACUGUUUGAACAG